GCACAGGAAAAGGGGGCGUGUCUACACAGAGAACGCGGAAGUUUUCCAUGUGUAACAGAAACAGAUGACGGAUUUUUGAAUGUAUUAAAAGAAAUAUAAUGACAGCUUCAGAUCCAAAACUUAUUUUGUUAUUCAGUGGAAAACGGAAAUCCGGGAAGGACUACGUGACCGAUUUAAUACAAAAAAGGUUGAGUCCAAAGCUGUGCUGUAUCCUCCGGCUUUCUGCUCCACUCAAAGAGCAAUACGCACAGGAGCAUGGACUGGACUUUGAGGAGCUUCUGGGAGCAGGGAAGUACAAAGAGCAGCACCGGGCAGAGAUGAUCAGAUGGGGUGAGAGAAGAAGGCAGCAAGACUCAGGCUUCUUCUGUCGCAAGGCGGUGUGUGGAGCAUCUCAACCCGUGUGGAUUGUGAGUGACUGCAGGCGCAUGUCUGAUUUACAGUGGUUCUGGAGUGAAUAUCCACAGCAGUGUGUGUGUGUCCGAGUGGAGGCUUCUGAGCAAACCAGGGCUCAGAGGGGAUGGAGAUUCACUGCAGGAGUAGACGACGCAGAGUCUGAAUGUGGUCUGGAUCAGGACGUGGACUUUGACUGGACCAUAAGGAACGACGGAGAUGUCACGUUUCUCGACAGACAGCUCCAGGGACUGUUGUCAUUAGCUAGGGAGAGGACACAGGAGCACCAAUGCACACAAUAUAGUAUAAAAUCAAAUGGACAAUGAACAGAAGAUUGAGCUAUCGAACUAACUAAAGUACUGUAUUAUGAAAUGUUAUUUUUCUGACAUCCUGAAAAUUCACGGGCAUUUAUAUUACGAUUUGCAAAACAUUAUGUUGCUAUUUACAUUCAUAUAUUUUUAAGAGCAAUUAAGAGAACCGAUCCCCAUAGUGCCAAAGCAAGUCCAUUGAACCUUAACAGAUUUGCUUGAAUGUGAUUCUCUCACUUGUAAUUAUUCCAAAUAAAUUGGCUAAACAUUAGUAUUCCUAAUAUAAACGGUCUCUUUGUGGUCUGAUGAAAAUAAAGAUAACGUCGUAUGAAAUCCGACGCAAUAGCAUGCGAUUUAUAUUUCAUCAGAUCUCAACCAUACUGAACAUCACUGGGAGAUUUUGGGGAAGCGUUCUACACCAACCGAGAAAAAGGAACCGUGUUCAUUACUCAAGUACAGUUCCAGAAAUUUCUAGAAUCUUCAGGUGGCCUAAUAUCUUAUUAAAACUGUUUGUUGUUGUUUUUUUUACUCCUGUUUAAUUGUGUCACAGUUUGUAUACACAGAAAACCCAACCCUCCAGAAGGAUGACAAGUUUAAACAAAAUCAGAAUCAGAAUUUGGUUCCAGCUGUUUGGGACUCUAAAAAAGUACAGACUACACAAGACAAUGCAGUGAUCUCUUGUAGCUCGUGAUGUCUUGCAGGCCUUUCCACACAAGCAGGUUUUCAGCGAACAACCCUGCAUUAUUCAGCUUUGUAGAGUAGCUUCUUUUGGCUAUUCUGAGCUCUUGUCAGUAGCUUCCUGACCUGCUUAUACAGAGUUUUGUCCUCACCUCUGUAGGCAUCUUCCUUGGCAUCUCGAAGUUUUUUCAGUUUGGCCCCGAACCAUGGCUUGAUGUUACAGAAUUUGAGGAAGUUUUCGGUUGGCGCGCACACACACACGUCUUCACAAAAACUGAUGUAAGCUCUGUAGCACAGAGUCAGUCAGUUCAUUCAGGCUGUCAGUUCCAGCCUCAAAGAUACUUGUAGUCUUGUAGCUCCUGCUUUGCCUCACUGUUCCAUCUCUUCACUGUUUUGACUACAGGCUUAGUAGAUUUUAGUUUCUGCCUGUAUGUUGGAAUAAGAUGAACCAAGCAGUGAUCUGAGUUCCCCAAGACUUCCCUGGGUACAGAGCGAUAUGCGUCCUUAAGAAUUGUGUAGCAAUGACCCAGUGUAUUUUUCUCCCUUGUGGGACAAUUAAUAUGCUGUCUGUAUUUUGGAAGUUCAAGUGUUAGUUUUGCCCUGUUAAAGUUUCCAAGGAUAAUAAAGAGAGAAUCCGGAUUAUUCAUUAAAAUGUUCCAACCCUGUGGUGCAGAUUUUAUAUCGACGGAUGAUUUUAUUCCAAAUGCUCUACAACACAGAAAUGGAAUUCAAGACAUUCAUGAUUGUUUCAUUCAGCUUGUAAUAUCAUUUAUGCACUAGACCAUCGAUAUCAAGUGACGACAGCAGAGCCAUUAGUUUGGUAUUCCACACAUGCCUCCAUCUCAUUUGCCUUCCUUCUGCAUUUCGAUCAGAAAUCAGAUACGUCGAGAAACACUUUAGUGAUUUACAUAAAAUCCAAAAAAAUGUCUAGAGACUUAAACAUGAUGAAAAAAAUAGCACGAAAGACAAGAGACUGUGUUAGAAUUACUAACCUUCUAUAUCCUGUUAUGGCUUUCCACUAGAUUGCUGGGAUUUGUGUUCAUUAAGCCACAAGAGCAUUAAUAAGGUCAGGUACUGAUCAUCGUUUCAGUUCAUCCCAAAGGGGUUCAGGUCAGUCGUGCUCUGUACAGACAUUCGGGUUCCUUCAUUCUAAACUUAAACCGUGUGUUUAUAGAGCUCGCUUUGUGCACAGGGGCACCGUCAUGCUGUAACCGGUUUGGGCCUUGGUUUCAGAAAAGGGAAAUUCUAUUAGUUUUCAACAGUAAUAGAAUUAUAUAUGGGUUUGAUGAUCAGGUGGCCAUACACUAUGUAUAUUUGCUGACAGUGUUAAAUAAAACUUUACUUCAUUGGCUGUUAAAGUCCAUUAAAAAUGAUGACAAGAGGUUAGGAUGAAAAACCGCACACACACGUUUGAUUCUUGGUAUCCGAGACCUCCUCAGACUCUUUGCCAUGAUUAGAUUUGAUCUUCCCAUGAAUAUUCUUGGCUAAAAUAAACAGUCACAAAGUUAAGUGUUAUAGUACUUUAUUUAAAAAAAAAAUUCAAUUUUUGAUCUCGUCAUUAUUACAAUGAAACACUGAUAGCAAAAUGUUUACAUCCUGAACUUUGCAAUUCCAGUUAAAAAGGUUCUUGGUGCUUUGAAGUACUUAACUCACUCUACAUGUGUACACUGAAGAGAUAAUACCUUUCACUAUUCUCUCUCACCCUCUCUAUUUGACCCUUUCACCAUGAUUUUGGCAGUGGAAAUGUGACGUCCCCGUGUCUAACUUGGCCAUUUUUCUCAUCUUAGACCAAACUCAAAUCUGAUGCCUAGUGUUUGUUGCUCUACACCCAAGACCUAAAGAAAUGGAAAGGCUGAUUCCAAACCGUUCAGAGUUGGUCGCUUUUGUUUUGUUUGCAGAA